AUGGGUUUUUCAAUAGUGGUUUCUCAUGUUUUGAUGAGGAUUGAUACUGGAAAGUUUCCAUCUUUAACUGGAAAAGAAAAGUUUAGUCUUAUUAGCGAUAUGAGUUCAAAGUUUAAUAAGCCUAGCAAAACAAGAAUUUCACAGUGCAAGAGUGAAAUGGUUGACUUUGAUGAGAGAAGAAGCCUAGAUGAGAAUUUGCGAAACAAAGUCAUAAGUUCUGUUAGUCUUUGGUGGUCCCUUUCUUUGAGAACCAGUAAUCAUGGAAUACUUCUGCUGGCCACAUUAAGCUUAUCUGAAGAUGUUCCAUUUCUAGCUGCUAUAGAAGUUCACAUGGUUUUGCAAUUGCAAUGUGUGUCCAGGCUUGGAAGGGGAGUUGUUUAUUUGGGUUCUUCAAGAAUGGGACCUGGUCAUUCGCAUUAUUUGCAAGCACUAGAAUUGGGUAGAGAGGUUGCAAAUCUUUUGGACUGUACAUCAUGGACUGGGGCUGGUCCAGGCCUAAUGGAUGCUGCUACUAAAGGUGCACUUGAAGCAGGAAAACCUGUUGGUGGAUUUAAGAUAGCUAAAGAAGCUGGUGAAUGGACAGCUUCAAAUUUUCAUUCUUACCUACCGUCAGAAACUUAUCUGACAUGCAGGUUUUUCUCUGCAAGAAAGCAUGGUUUGGUGGAUGCUGCUGUUAGGAGUACUAGUUCUGAUAGGACUGCUGUAGUUGCUCUUCCUGGUGGAAUUGGUACUUUAGAUGAGAUGUUCGAGAUCUUAACACUGAUUCAACUACAAAGAAUUGGAUCAGAGUUUCCAGUUCCCUUCCUUGUAAUGAACUAUGACUCAUACUACCAGAAGCUCUUAGACUUUCUUGGUGAUUGUGAGGAUUGGGGUACUGUCUCUAAAGGAGAGGUUGGAUCCCUGUGGAAAAUUUGCGAGAACAACUCAGAAGCUCUGGCAUACUUGACAGAUUUCUAUGCCCUCCCUUCUAGUGGUGAAGAGAGACAUGAAGUACGGUUACAGGCAAAGACUGAAUAA